GGUGGGAGAAACCGACUGCUGGCAGCGCUGCCUUAAGCAGCGGCACAGAACGCAUUGGGAGCCACGCACCAUGGGGAUGUGCUCAGUCACACUGUGUGCAGUGUGAGAUCUGCACUGACCGUUCCCUCACGUUGAAACUCCAUGAGGUGGCACAGAGUUCGGUGUGUUUGUGGAUCUCACCCUCCACUUUUUUGUUCCAUGCUCCAAUGCACCAUUUCACCGGCCAGCUUUUGACAGACAUCCAGUUUCAUUAGUGCUCGUAGCAGAAACCCAAAUCCCACCUCCUUUGGCUCGCAGGCAGCCUACGGUGGAAGUCUGGGCAGAACAUAUCUGUGUGUGUGUGCUGGGCUCUGCCCGCGCCCAGUUGGAAAGCAAACAAGAGAAAGACGCAGAGAUGUUCAGACUUCUCAUGAUGCAAAAAAUAACAAUAAUAUUACGAUAAAGAAGAAGCAGGAAAGACCUUUGCCUUACGGUUGGGUCGCGGGGGUUUCCUUGGCUCCAGCUUUGGGGCAGGUGGGAUGAAGGAUGCUGAAGGACGAGCGGGAAGUGGAUGGGGAGGAGCAGAUUGAGAGCUGACAGCAGUGCCUCUGUGUUGUUCUCCCUUUUCCAGACGUUAACUUCUCCUUAACUUUGAGACUGGAAGUUUAAAAGACAAAAGGUGUUUCAAACCGCUGCUGAAUUCUCACUGUUCGCUUUGGGACGUUUUACAGAAGACCAUUUUCCCCCACAAAGCAUAAAUCCUUCUGAAGCUCAAACUCAUUUAUGUUCUUCGUUUGAGCACUCCAAAUUGCCUGUCACUUCUAAAUAGGGACGUUGGUCUCAGGCUUUCCACUUGUAUUUAUUGCCUUUGAUGAAAAAGAGGGUGUCAGGAGGUGGAAAUGAGUGGAGGCGGAGGAGGGAGGUCGGAGGACUUAAGGGGAGGAGGUGGAAGAGGGAGCACAGAAAUUUUGCUCGCGUAUCUUUCUAAGGAUGAUGGAACCAUUGCCUUCAGCCAGUGCGUUAACGUUUCAUCAGCUGCUGUGCUUAUUGCUGCUGCAUUUGCUGAGGACCCGAUGGUGGGUGCUGUUCUGGGGGUGCUGGUGGCUGCUGCUCGCUGCUGUGCUGCCAGUGGGUUACGAGGGCAGGAAUCCUUACAGUGCAGCUCUGCUCGCACCCAAAGGCCGGCUGUGGCACAGGGGGGGCAGUGCAAGGUGCUGAAAACUCCUCUCCAGCACUGGGGCAUGUGAUACGGAGCUGGAGGAUCUGAAGCAUUGCAGUAACCAUGGCUACCAGUGACUUAUCCGAGGGAGUUUGACUUUUGUUUUGAUUUUUACGUGUCUUAAUUGUAGUUUAAAAAUCAGAACCUGAAUGUGUUUUUCACUUAGGCGUGAAGCUAAGGGCAUUAAAUGAUUUGCAUUAUUGAAGUAUCUAUAAUGCUGCCUUUCUUAAGGCAAGUCCUUAGUAUUCGUACCGUAUGUGCUAAAUAAAGUCACUCUGCAGCUUUAUGUUGGUUCUUUUGCUCUCGCCAUAAAAAAUUGCUGCAGGUUUGAGUGCUCUGGAGGUGCCUGGCCGGCUGUUUUGCAAUGCCAAGCCCUUUGUUUGUGUGGCACUGUGUGCUUGAUGUGAACACACACAAGCUGCUGCUUUUCCUCUGUCCUCUUUUGUACCCCAGCCAUGCCCCGCGGGGUCCUGCCUUCAGAGCUCGUGUUUACUGUAGAGGCUGGCUGCUGGAAGGCUGCCCUGCUUGGAAAUCCUGCCAACCCCUUGGAGUUCCUCCUGUAUGAAACAUAACCGAGCACCACCUGCCCAGAGAGUGGGAAACCGUGGGUGGAUAUUAGCAGGGAUGCUGAGCGGGGAUGCUGAGCGAUGCAAGCACCAGAACCAUCCCUCCUUCCGUGGAGGACCGUGUUGUGAAGGAGGAGUAGCGAGGGGCCAGGCACUUGUGUAGCAGAAGAAUUUUUUCCCUUUGAUUCAGUGGCUGAAAUGUUUAAUCUAGCCUGGUGUAGUUCCCUCUGUUUGUACUUGUGCAGGAGUUACAAACACGCUGAAAUAUGAACUCAUGCUUCGUAAGCCUUUAAUUCCAGCUUUGAUGUUUUUAAUCAUCAGUACAGAUUUGGUUAAAAAAAAAAAAAAAAAAAAAAAAAGAAUAGUGAAAUGAUUCAUUAGCUUGAAAUGCAUCUUGGAUUACGCUCGGCGCUGUGCAGAGCAGAGGAGGCAGAGCAGGGCCAGCUGUCCUGGGAGCAGAGCGCGGGUGAGGCCGAGGUCACUGCGGCGGGCAGAACGUCACCAUCGGUGCUGCGGGGCAGUCCUGGGGCUGCUCUUGGAGGCCCUAAAAUGUCCCAGCCCGUCAGCUUUGGAGGUCCCGUGGGCGUCCGGCCAUGUGUUCUGCUGCUUCCUCACCACGUCUGUUUAGGGUCUAAAAUGAAGCAGUCCUUGCUUGGGAACGUCAGUUAGGAUGCGGGGCAGUGUUUGGGGCACGAACAUGGCCACCCUCCUGCAAUAGGUGCGGCGGCAGGAGGAGCGUUUCUGGACUUGUUUGCCUUCCCUGCCUGCUGUCUGCCCGGAGCCGCUCCUUUAACCCUCACUUUCACCUCUUCCCCAUUCACGUGGGUUGGCGUUGGUUGUCCCCAGGCUGUGGUCACGGCUCUGUGCUGAGCUCUGUCCUGCAGUGACUGGGGAGGAUUGAAAGCAAUCUGGCUUCAGAGCAGCAGCUUGGAGACAAAUCCUCUAUCCCAUUACUUGUCCCUGGCAGUCCCUUUUUGACAACUGGGUGUCAGUGAUGUUAGUGGUCUUGGAGAGGGCUGCCCGAGGCAAGUAGUCCAUCUUCUCAGUGCCUCUAUUGAAGUCCAGCCCACUAAUCCAGCCUGCCUCCUCCCAUAUGGAAAGUGGGGUUUCUGUCCUGGUAAAGUCACCUUUGUAGUGGUGUAUUCACCGGGUUAAAGACCUCAGUCACGUCACCAUUGACAGACAGCUGUGCAGCCCAUGGGAUGUGCCGUGGAGGUGCUCCGUGUGGCUGACAGUCUCCCUUUUGACAUCUUUCAGGGCAGGAAUGGUGCAGCCAUACAGCUCUGGCACUGCUCAGCCCCACUACAGCACACUGCGGGCGCAGGAGCUCUGCAAAGCUCUGCCAUCUUCUUGAGAGCAUAGAUGGAAAAAUGAGGAAAAUUCCAGAAGCUUGAGGGCCCUGCCUGCACUGUAAGGGCUGGGGAAGGAGCAGAACAAACAGUUUCUCUCUAUUGUGAGAUGAAUGGCUUUUAUCUCGGAGGCAUGUUUGGAACUGCUGAGAAGUGGAUGCAACUCCGCUGAAGUUUGUCUGCAAGGCUGCCUCCUCUGUAACAAAUUGUUAAGCAACAAAUGCACGGCAUAUUCAGAUCUCGCUUUAGACAGACAGCCUCACAAAGGCACUUUGAAAUGUUCAAGGCCUCCUUUUGUACUGGUUUGACUCUGACAUCCCACUGCUGCUUUGCUCUCCAUCUCCAGCGAGCGGAGCAGAGCUGAGUGAUAACGUGGGGCUGUGCCCGGCGGGUGACAGCUUCUGCUGCAGGCCCCUUCCUACCAGCCGUGCUGCAAACACUGCUGCUGUUUUCACACCUGUCUUCCCCCCCCCCUCUCUUUUUGCUGAUUUCCUACUGAUUCCUCGUGGUUUUUCAGUGAAGAAAAGUGCCAUGGGCAGAAUCCUGCAGGAGAUGGAGCUGCAGGGAGCGGCAGGGCUGCCAUCCCUCCAGUGUGCUCUAUGUGGGGCAGCGAGGGCUGGCUUGCAUGGCUGACAAGAACAGCACCCUGAAAUGCACGUUCUCUGCUCCUGGCCACAGCACCACUCUGCUGCAGGGACUGGCCUCGCUCCGAGCUCAGGCUCAGCUGCUUGAUGUCAUCCUCACUAUAAAUAAUGAAGUGUUUCAGGUUCAUAAAGUUGUCUUGGCUGCCUGCAGUGACUAUUUCAGGGCGAUGUUCACGGGCGGGAUGAGAGAAGCCAGCCAGGAUGUGAUCGAACUGAAAGGUGUAUCUGCAAAAGGACUGAAACACAUAAUAGACUUCGCGUACAGCGCUGAAGUGACUCUUGAUCUCGACUGCAUUCAGGAUGUGCUGGGAGCUGCUGUCUUCCUCCAGAUGGUGCCUGUCGUGGAGCUCUGCGAGGAAUUCCUGAAGUCUGCCAUGAGCGUAGAAACGUGUCUCAAUAUCGGGCAGAUGGCCACCACCUUUAGCCUGGCCUCCUUAAAGGAAUCCGUGGAUGCAUUCACCUUUAGGCAUUUCCUGCAGAUCUCGGAGGAGGAGGAUUUCCUCCACCUGCCGCUGGAGCGCCUCGUUUUCUUCCUGCAGAGCAAUAAGCUGCAAAGCUGCAGCGAGAUCGACCUCUUCCGUGCCGCCGUCCGCUGGCUGCAGUACGACCCCACUCGCCGUGCCAGCGCCAGCCAGGUGCUCUGCCACAUCCGCUUCCCUCUCAUGAAGUCCUCCGAGCUGGUGGACAACGUCCAGACCUUUGACAUCAUGGUGGAGGACGUCCUGUGCCGGCAGUACCUGCUGGAGGCCUUCAAUUACCAGAUCCUGCCUUUCCGCCAGCACGAGAUGCAGUCCCCUCGCACCACCAUCCGCUCCGACGUUCUGUCCCUCAUCACCUUCGGCGGCACUCCCUACACCGACAACGACCGCACCGUCAGCUGCAAGGUGUACUGCCUGCCCGACGCCAGCGGGCGCCAGUUCAAGGAGCUGACGGAGAUGGAGGUGGGCAGCAGCCACUCCUGCGUGGCCGUGCUCGACAACUUUGUCUACAUCGUAGGGGGGCAGCACCUGCAGUACCGGAGCGGCGAAGGAGCGGUUGAUAUUUGCUACCGUUACGAUCCUCACCUGAACCAGUGGCUGCGAAUCCAGGCCAUGCAGGAGAGCAGGAUCCAGUUCCAGCUGAACGUCCUGCACGGAAUGGUUUACGCCACCGGCGGGAGGAACCGCUCGGGGAGCUUGGCUUCCGUCGAGAAGUAUUGCCCCAAAGACAACGAGUGGACUUACGUGUGCUCCCUGAAGCGCAGGACGUGGGGGCACGCCGGAGCCACGGUGGGAGACAAGUUGUACAUAUCAGGUGGGUAUGGGAUUUCAGUGGAAGAUAAGAAAGCCCUGCACUGCUACGACCCGGCCGUGGAUCAGUGGGAGUUCAAAACCCCGAUGAACGAACCCAGAGUGCUGCAUGCCAUGGUCAGUGCAAACGGUAGGAUUUACGCGCUGGGAGGCCGCAUGGACCACGUUGACCGUUGUUUCGAUGUUUUGGCCGUGGAAUAUUAUGUGCCCGAAACAGACCAAUGGACAACAGUGAGCCCUAUGCGCGCAGGUCAGUCGGAAGCUGGCUGUUGUUUGCUAGAGAAAAAGAUUUAUAUCGUAGGGGGGUACAAUUGGCAUCUGAACAAUGUUACAAGCAUUGUGCAGGUGUACAACACAGAAACUGAUGAAUGGGAAAGGGACCUACAUUUUCCAGAAUCUUUUGCUGGGAUAGCAUGUGCUCCUGUGAUACUGCCACAGAUAACCACCCCGAGAUAGCCGAGCACCACUGCGCCGGCCGUGAGACCACCUGGUGUUGCAUGUCAUUGGGAUGCUGUGCUGUUUCCCUUGUUUGCAAAUGGUAUUGUGCAUCUUCUGGGCGAGGGAAGGAGAAAAAUAGCUUGCGUUCCCUCCUCCGUGAAGUCCCUCCUUCUCUUCUCUGAUGUAGUGUUCUGGCAGGCAUGCUUCAUCAGAAGCACUUGUCAGCUAGUUAGACUUAGCAGAUGUUACAGCUGGAAAAAGCUUUUCUCUUUUUUUUCUGUUUCUGAAAAGUGUGUGUGUGGGGGGCGGGGGGGGGGGAAUGCAUUUUGCCAACUUUCCAUAUUUUUAACAAUAUUACACAUUGCAAACACUGACAGCUCAGGAGUAACUCAGUACUGUGGUAUGUUUAAAAGAGUUCAGGUGUGAUUUUUACUAAUAGCUCCAAAAAUCAUUGUGUGUCAAUCUGUUGUUUUUUAGCAGACAAAAAAACCAAAACCUGUAUAACACACUGACCUCCAGAAGCAAUAAAGGGACAGCGGGAGCUCCGAGAGCUCAGGUGCUGGGGUUGUGAAAGCAGAUUCUUGCUUUGCAGAGGUGACUUGCUUUGUUUUCCCCCUCCAAGAAGGGGAUGCUUACCCCUGCACACCUCUGGCCUCUGUUGGUCCUUCACUGUUUGGAUUACGCUGCAAUUCCAGAUCCCCUCCUCACCCCUCCAGACAUCAGCGUGAUAUUCUUGUCCAGAAAUUCCCCCUUAAUUGGGGCGUCCGCGGUUCACAACACUGAAGCCAUGUUGAUAACUUGAUUACACACAAACGAGCAUGAUUUUUUAUAACUGCCAAAAAUUUGUUUGGCUUCACUGGCAAUAAGAGCUCAGCAGCUGUUAUCAGGGCUGAGCCAGUAAAGGCUGAAGCAGGGAGCACCCGGGGGCUGUGCAGGACCUGCCUGCAUGCAUCAACCCAGCCCGUUGUGCACGGGGAGGCGGGUGCUGCUCAUUCACCUGCUGGAGGGUCUUCUCUCUUGACUUGUAAAUAAGAUACCGAGUUUCAUGACGAGAUGGAAGUCCGAGCAGAAUGGCCUUUGUUGCUGGUGGGUAUUUUAAAUUAAGAGAUUGGUUUUAAGAUGGCUCUGUCAUCUUUGUAAAGUCUGUGUUUGCUGCACAGAAUUCUGUUAUUUCUUGAACUGUCCUUUCCUCCAAGCCAUUUUUUUUUCUAAUUAAUUUGGCUGAUAAACGAAGUUGAAGUUUCUUCUUUUAUCAGGCAUUCUGUUUCAAGGGCUUUGUUUUGUAUCUGUGGAAGUUUGGUUUGAUGUACGCAGCCUUCUUUGCAGAGAAACUGUUGCAUUCUGCUGGUUAAAUAAACGCCGUGCUGUAACCCGUAGAGACAACGUAUAAUGUCUGUUUUGCUGAUGAAUCACUCAUCAGGGCUGUGUAAAGCAUGAACUCCAUACCUCAGAUUCACUUAAAGAUAUUUCUCUCUGACGAUUAAAGCACCUCUGAGUAUGUUCUGCUGCGAGGGCACGUGUUCCUCAGUUGGUGUCUGCGUUUGAAAUUUGAGUUAAAAUGAUGCACAGUUUGGUUUGUUUCUGUCUAUCUGCUGGUUUGCCAAUAAUAAAUUGAUGGAAAGUG